AACAUGCGGCUGAGGGAGCGAAUAGCGGUGACGUAACAUCGUGGACCGUGCCGUGUUGUCACCAGCUGUUGGUGAAAAGAAGACGAAAGAAAAGUGGACCCGUCUCGGUUGAUUGUGUGUCCACGAGUGGACCGUAGCGCGUACAGCCACGCUGGGAGCUGAAGGAGAGUACCGGGUGACUAAUGGAAGCCCCGCAGACGCACCAGCCUCGCAGGGAUAGUUACAUAACUGAAGCCAUCGAUAACGCGAAAACUGUGAUAACGGAGUAGUACCCUUACAGGUCGGAGUUGAAGCCAUUUUUUCUCUGCAGACACCGUUACAGAAGUUUCACACCACCAUCAUGAAUGUGGGAACAGCACACAGCGAGGUUAACCCCAACACCCGAGUGAUGAACAGCAGGGGUAUGUGGCUGUCUUACAUCCUGGGCAUUGGCCUCCUUCACAUCAUCCUGCUGAGCAUCCCCUUUGCCAGUGUACCCGUGGUGUGGACCCUCACCAACCUCAUCCACAACCUGUGCAUGUACCUGCUACUUCAUACAGUCAAAGGGACACCGUUCGAGACCCCAGAUCAGGGCAAAGCUCGCCUCCUUACACACUGGGAGCAGAUGGACUACGGUGUGCAGUUUACUGCAUCACGCAAGUUCCUCACCAUCACACCCAUUGUCCUGUAUAUAUUAACCAGCUUCUAUACCAAAUAUGAUCGGGCCCAUUUUGUGGUCAACACCGUCUCCUUGCUCACUGUACUCAUCCCCAAGCUGCCCCAGCUGCACGGUGUGAGGAUCUUUGGGAUUAAUAAGUACUGACACUGCAGAAGAGGACACCUCCUUCCUGCGUCCCUGUGGACUGCUGAGAGCACACAGAGUAUCAAGCUUCUGAUUUGGCUGCAGAACCAUCGGGAUCUGUGGCCGUUUGGCGCCUUACUCUGCAGAGCAGCGCGCUAAAUAAAGCCUAUAGAGCAUACUGCCAUGGUACCAAACCCCAGGAAAGAGACACAAAGCACUAGAGAGCACAAAGGGAACGUGUUCUGUUCUGAUUAUUUGUGGAAUAUCUCUUUGAGUCUCACGAUUUUCCAGAGACAUUUCAAAAGGAUUUCCAAAAGUAUUUUGUACAUUUCUCUAGAAGUUUUCCAAUGUGACAAGUGCCGGGGGGAGCGGGACAAUGUAGUUGUACAAAUGUGGUGUGCCAUUUUGCACUACUGGCACACUGAGGCAGUAAUCAAAGCUAUUUUGUAUGUAAUGACACAGUGCUGUAUUUAUUCAGCUUCACUCUCGUGUGUAGCUUCCUCUUCUUCGAGGUUUCCGAGCUUAGAGCAGAGCAACAAUACUUUAAUGAAAUGGUAUAUAGGACCUGGGAAGUGCAGCGGAGACGAUACACAAGAAACCACAAGAUUUUAUAUUUAGGCCUCGCUGCUGAGCUCAGGGCCAAGAUUGGGAAGUUAAGCGGCUCUUAUUUUUAUCUGACCAUUUCCUUAUUUGGGCGCCUCUUGUCCUGGUUUGUGCAAAGCUCCCGUCUGUCCAUGCACAAAAUGAGCAAGAGCACAAGAGCAACCUGACUUAAGAGAGACACAACAUCGGUUCACAUGUGUCUGUUGCUCAUCAGUAAAAGUACUCAGGAUUUGUUAUGUUAGCAUCAGUCGGCUGUGUCUGCAUCUCAGUUAGGGACUGAGUUUAUUUAGCAAAAUGUAUCUCGGUACACCUGUGCAGUCUAAUGCACUGUAGCACAUUAACUCUGUAGUAAGUCUUGAAUUACUACAGGUGGUUCUUAUCUGAUUUGCCUUCACGUACGUGAUAAUUAGAAAUCCUUCACAGUGAUGAAAGAAGUGCAACAAUAAAGCGCACAGCAGGGUGCAUCUGUAUCUGCCGGCUGUGGCCAUCAGGUCUUCUUUAACCCUUUCUUUCCUGAAGCUUCCUGGUAAAGGUCAACGCUGGUAUUUGUUAAAAAAAUGCAUUUUCAAAGGUUUGAAAAAUGCAUUUAGGAUUUGGUGCGCUUCAUUUCUGUUGGAUCAAAUUGUGUAGAAACCAUAGCCAAAGUGUAGUGAAACAGUGGCCUGGGGCUUACAUGCAUUAUGACUUUAAGUAGUUUUUAUAGCAGAUGUUUCACUCUUCAGUUUGCUUUGCUUUGAUUUUCCCGUCUCCUAAACUGUUUAGGUUCCACUUUCUUAUCAUGUUUUUAGCUCAGUCUGUCUGCUGUUUGGUGCUGGGCGGGUGGGCUACGAUGAUUGUUUUCUGAUAUUAGCUGCUGCUGGAAACAAGGCUAACGAGAACAGUUUGUGGACUGGAAAAAGAAUUAGAAAAAGGAGACUGGCUUACCAAAAAAAUGUAGCUGCAUAAGAGUUUCAAAGUAGGUACGAUCCAGAUCUUUGAAGAGCAUCAGGUGCUUCCUGUUCACCUGAUUGAAACUGACAGUAAUUUACUGUCCUGUGUGCUGAAGGAAUUCUUUGCAUUACAGUAAAAAUGGCUAAAAUAAGCUGUGAGGUUGCUGCUUGCUGAGGAACGCAGUGAAAAUGGAUCUUUUUAAGUUCCCCAUAUUUCUAGGCUGAGUCAUUUAUUUUAAUUUUUAUAUUGUGGUCGGAAAUGAAACCAUCUCACCAGAGCACUGAGUAAUGCUUUGAUUCAACUACACAGCCAAAUGUGUGUUUUCUGACUUGAUUUGUCUUAAAAAAAGACACAAUUCAUAAUGAUUGACCCAAACUGUAGACCAGAUAUCCUAGUUUGAAUUCCUGUUUGGUGUAAUCAGGCAGUCAGAUAGACCUGCAGCCAUUCAGAGGCACAAACGAUUUAAAAAUGAAAGCAGACUGAAUGUUAAUCAUCAUCUCAUGUUUGACCUCCAUAAUUGAUAACUGGUACUGAUUAGCUCGGCACAGGCAGGGAGAGAAUGAAUCGCAGCUCAUUGAUGCAGCUCGUUUAAAGGGAACCAAAACAGUGUGAUGGUUAUUUACAUGAACAACAAUAUUAAUGGGAGCUCUCCUUCAUGGUAACAUUUUAAACAUUAUUCUGCAGUAAGAGGCAAAAAUGAAUGUUUCUUCUCUUUAGCUAAAUUCUUACAAUACCAAAUGUUUUUAUUGUGUAUGAAGAUCUGAGGAUUCAUUCAACUCUUUAAGCAGUUGACACAAUAAAAAAAAAUAGAGGUUAUAGAUAAAAAGCAGCAGCCAUAAUAAUGUAAACAUUUAAAAUGACUGGGAAUGGCAGCAGUAUUAAUUGUAGUAGUGACCAGAUUCAUACUUUAAUGGAGACAAAUUUUGAUUAGGUUUGGUCAUUGUGGUUCAUGCUGUUACCACAGAGCAGGAAAACGAUACAUCAGUCAAAGCAAUAAUCAGCAUUGACCAAAUGGUUCAUGUGUGUGUGUGUGUGUGUGUGCGUAACAGCUGAUGUGCCCCAGUCUGUCACACGUGAGCUUCAUCAUCACUCUAAAGGGCUUCAGUGUGAGACAUGUUAUAGAUUUUCACAGCACAAGACGACCUUUCCUGUUUUUUUACGGGACACUUUGAGAGCAGAGGCUAAACUGAAUGUUUGAUUAAAUGUGAAAAGUUGUGCUUGUAGCUUCUACUUGCUUUUUUUUUUUUUUUUUUUUUUUUUUGAAGGACAUAUCAAAGCCAUCUUCUGUAAGAGUGCUUGACCCUAAAUACAAUAUUUUUCAAGCAUCAUCUCAAAGUUUUUUAUGCUCGCAUUUGUGUGUUUGUCGUGUCCUACAGUUGGGAGUUGGUGACAUGAAGAAUUGUGCUCAUCAUGUUUUAUACUUUGCGUUUCAGUAUUUGGUACAACAUGAUGUGAGUGAGCCUGUCAGGCCUCUCCUGUCUUAUUGUGGCUGUACUUAAACUUGUGUUUGCACAUUCAGGAUGGUCAUAAACACAGAUGUAAGCGUCAACAAAGAGAGGCUGUAUUCAGGACAGCUUGUUUUCAGUGAUGCAGGUACUGACAUGUCAGAGUUUAGUUCAGAGGCUGCUUAAGAGGAUACCUAAUUAGUACUUACAGAAUAAUGGAGGUUACACAACAGCAAAACUGAAAAAAUGUAUUUAAUAAAUGUCGGAAGCACUUUGAAAAUUGUGAAUUGGUGUUAUUGUGUUUUGUAUUGUAAACUCUGCAGGCUCAGGGCUUUGUAGAGGCAAAAAAGCCUGCGAGUAUUAACGCUCGUAACGCACCUCCUGAUUGCUAUGCAGUAACAGUACUUUUUUUUCUUUUUAACUGCAGUAUGGCAGGUUAUUAAAUCUGAGUGAUUGUCCUAAACUCUGCAGAUUUAAGUUUUUUUUGUACUCUCUGUCAACUCUACCUGAUAGUAAACCUAUGCAUCCAAUCAAAAAUUAAAUCCAUGGUCUUUAUUUCCCCAUCGCAAGCCGACACUGACACCGCACUCUGUUAGACAACACCGGAGGCUGUUUAAACAUUCAGUAAGUGAAAGUAACGGUGAGGUGUUGGGGUAAAUUAUCAGGAUUUCACAGAUUAUAUGUAAGUGCUAUGAAAAACAGUAUAAUAACCUUCUUUUAGGGGCACAGUAAUCUUUUUAUUUAGUGUCGAGCAGACGUGCAGUUUUUUAAAGGAAUGUUGCACUAAAUGAUAUCGGUAAAUGCAGUCACUGAGCAAUAAUCUAUUUAUGUUACUGUGUGUGAUUCAUCAUAGGCCUUCAUAUAUUAUACUAUUCAAAGUUCACAUGAACAAAAGCACAGGAGAACCACCGCUGUUGUAAAAGGUCAGCAAACCCAGAGCCGCAGCGUGCCCGACUCAUCUUCCUUUGGAAGAUUUAAA